ACAGGCACGGGACCCAAACAGGAAGUGGGCUCGCACCCCGGGGGCCAGCCGGCAGCGACGCGGGACCGCCGCCUUCUGCGCGCCCUACACGCGUCUUCAGCGCGCCCUGCCUACCGCUGGUGGCCCUGCCCCUACUUCCGCCCGGGUGUCAGCGACCCCCGUGAAAUCGUGGGACCAUGUCGAACAUGGAGACCCUUAGAAAUAAUAAUGCCAUUCAGAAAGGCAAUACAGAAGUUGCAAGAAUACAUGCUGAAAACGCGAUCCGUCAGAAAAACCAAGCAAUCAAUUUCUUGAGAAUGAGUGCUAGGGUUGAUGCUGUGGCAGCCAGAGUUCAAACUGCAGUAACAAUGGGCAAGGUGACAAAGUCCAUGGCAGGUGUAGUUAAAUCUAUGGAUGCUACAUUGAGGAGUAUGAACCUUGAGAAGAUUUCUGCCUUGAUGGACAAAUUUGAGCAUCAGUUUGAAACACUGGAUGUUCAGACACAGCAGAUGGAGGACACAAUGAGUAGCACUACAACCCUAACAACACCACAGAACCAAGUGGAUAUGCUGCUUCAAGAAAUGGCAGAUGAAGCUGGCCUUGAUCUCAAUAUGGAACUACCACAGGGCCAGACAGGGUCUGUUGGUGCAAGUGUUGCUUCUACAGAGCAGGAUGAACUGUCACAGAGGCUUGCUCGUCUUCGUGAUCAAGUGUAACUGAAAGAACUGCUGUUUCUGUUUCCUUCACUUGUUUCUGAAGCAUCCUUUGUGUGUCUAUAUAGAUAAGUUGUACUCUGAUUACAAAACACCUGCCGGAAUGUUUAAACAUUAUUUAUAUAUAAUGCUUUCUUUUGCCUUGUGUGCUUUGCAGUACAUUAGGAAAUUCCUGGGGGUUUCCACAUUGGCAGAUUUUAUAGUUCUGUAUAUUAUGAGUAAAAGUGUAAGGGACAUAUUUUUGUAGAUGUCUUUGACAAAGCUAGCAUUAAUUUUCUGUAUAUUGUAUAUCUUCCUAAAAUGUUAGAGCAAACAUCUAGCGCCAAAGUACUACCAAGUUAAGUAAGUACUUUUCUCAUAAUAAAGUGUAGAAUAAAGACUUUUUAUAUUCAAAGUACUUUUCAGUUACUGAUUGUGAUGAAAUGUGACUUGUAUAAAUAAAAAUGGGGAAAGCAUGUUUACUUAUUAUGUUUAUAUCACCAAAACCAUCUUAUUUAGUGUCAUAAAAUGGACUGACUGUAUCAUUUUCCAUGGAAUUUUUUUUUGUUUUCUUCCUUGAGGGUUUUUGUUUGGUUGCUUUUCAGACAGAGUGAUCCUCCUGCCUCAGUCUCUGGGUCUGUGACACCACAGCCACCUCAUUUUCUAUGGUUUAUGUUUAUUUUUAUUAUGUAAACAGAAAUGCAAUAGGUGUUUAACCUUUGUUCAUCAGCAAUUACGCUUAAAUCAUUACAGAUUUUGCCCAGUAAUUUAAUGACUACCAUACCAUUCCUUAUAUUUUUAAAAACAUUUCGUUGACAGUUUUACUAUAUGCCUAGGAAACUUAUUCAGUAUUAAUUCAAAGAAAUUAAGGCUUGAUCAUUUUAAACUUUGCUGUUGACAAAAUAUUAUUAAGAUUUCCAGAAAAAAUACAACAUACUUUAGAAUUCUAAAACAUAUUAAAUGGCUUAAAUAUUGAUAUUCAACACAUUGUGUAUUUUAAAGGAGCUUCAUUUAUAUAUUAAAAUCACAUUUUACCAUGUGAUUAUUGAUUCAGUUUCUAGAAUCGUGGCCUGUUGUUUAAACUCAACCAACAAAAUAACAACUCAAGUUUUGUAACUAAUUUAAGUCCUAGUUAAGUGAGUUCUUUUUUUUGUUUUGUUUUAAAAGAAAAACCUUGAAUAACUAAAGGAAAUGAAGUAGAAAUAGUAAGGUAAAAUAUUUUGUUCAGUUGUGCAAACAGAUCCCAUCUCAGUAGAUAUUGGGAGACUACCAGUAAGUGAGGGCCAUCAAGUUCAUAGCCUUGUAAAAAGAACAAACUAGUCGGCCAGGGCUCUUUAAGGGAAAGCACUUGAUGACCAGCUGUGCUACUUGUGAUCUCCUCAGGAAUAUUUAUAUUUUAUCAAGUAAAAAUGAACAAAUUGGUAUGUGCCUACCUUUUUUUGAUGUAGACUGUAACCAAAUUAUAUUUUAACAAGUAUACUACUAAUCUAGUUUAAACAAAUGGUUUUCCUUACUGAAAGACCAAUCCAUAAGCGAAUUCUAGUACAUCUUGGAAGAG